ACAAGUCAGAAGCGCUUGUGGCCAGACUACAACAGAUGGGUCCAUUUUGUAGGAGGUACUUUCAACUAUUUAACCACCUAAUGAGCUGCAAUACGUAUCUUGGACGGUGAUAGGGGAAUCAUGGCUGCCAUGAAGCGUGUGCUCAGCAUGCCAUAUUGCACUAUUUUCACCCUCUCGCAAGGAGCUCGUUUGCCAAGACAACAAGACCUCUAACUAUUUUCAGACAAUGGCGAUUGCGCAUAUAUAUAUACAUAGACACUAUUUGAUUCACAUUGGGCAAUUGUCCUGUUGCGCUACACAGCCAACAGAUGCCUGACAACACUGCGCCUAAAACGGGACAUCACUUGGUCAAAAGGUGGCUGAAGAAGCACUAGGUGAACCCCGAUAGCCAGCUAUCCAGCAACACUUUUUCUUCACUCAACUUCACUGCUUAAUACAUUUUAUAUAUCACUAUGUCCCCUGACAAACCUAACAACGUCGCCAUAGUAACCGGUGCUUCGCGUGGAAUCGGCAGGAGCGUCGCGCUUUUUCUUUUGUCCAAGGAUAUAUCUGUUGUUGGGAUGGCCCGCAACGUCAGCAGCCUUGAGUCCCUGUCAAGGGAAGCGGCGCAACUCCCAGUUUCCGCCAAGUUCCUUCCACUUGCCGGCGAUGUCAAGGACGAGUCCACCCAGCAGCAGGCCGUUGAUAUGGCGGUUAAAGCUGGCACACUGGUCGCGCUAGUCAAUAACGCUGCCACCUUGGGAACAUACGGUGCCCUUGCAACCAAACCACUUGACAGUUUGGCAGAGGUGUUUGCUACUAAUGUCACUGCACCCGUUGGUCUGAUCCAGAAGUCGCUCCCCUAUCUACGCCAGGCGAAAGGCAGGGUUGUGAAUUUGUCGUCUUUGGCAGGCAAAGAACCGUUUGUUAAUCAAUCUUCGUACGGGGCGUCGAAAGCAGCGCUGAACCUCGUUACUGCAGGGCUAGCACUCGAGGAGCCGAGUAUCACUUUUGUUGCUCUGGACCCGGGAGUAGUCGAAACCGACAUGCUUACCUGUCUGAUGAACGAGAUCGAGGAUACGAUACCCGAGAGUAGCAACGUCAAUAGCAUCCUUCAAGCGAGCAAGGUUGCGGCAGACAUUCCAGGACGCAUCAUCUGCAACCUCGCUCUUGGAGCCGACCACGGUCUGACUGGAAGGUUUAUCCGGUACAGCGACCCUGAGCUUGCCAAGUACAGUGCUUAGAAAAUAAAACGCCUCACUCCCAUCCUUGAUCACCUGGGCCAGCUGACCCGUCUGUAAUCUAGCGAUCACAGCCGAUGCCAUUUGUUUGCGCGCACCCAUUGGCUGCCAGUGCGAUCGGCCUUUUAAUAGCCAACUUUUUCCAAUGCUCAGCGACUCUGGCUGUAGAGAUCGCAGGCCGGGCACACAGGCUGGGAACACGAACAGUACCUAGGAGGUUUUUUGGCCGGGCUCGCUGAACGCACUGGCAGCCUUAACGAAAAAUCGCAGGUUCUAGCAGGCUCCUGGUUUUCCUCUUUAGCCUCCUCACUUUUAGUAAUAUAUCUUUCCUUAGGGUCUUGUUCCCACACCCAGCUCUUUGUAUUCCAUUUCCAGGUCCUUCCUCCCGGGCUACCUCAGUCGCGUUCUACAGAGAAGAAAAGAAGAGCACAGAACCUUUCUCUAGCAAGCAGAGCACCU